GAGAGAGAGAGAGAGAGAGAGAGAGAGAGAGAGAGAGAGAGAGUUUCUGCAGAUCUCUGGCAGUCAGACCAGAGGAGAGGCUCCGCCAUUCCGCUAGGUCCGACCAUGACUCCACACACAGAGAACUGAAGACCUCCUCCUGGACCUAGACCUCCUGGACCUAGUCUUCCGGAUCCCAGACCAACUAUGGAGGUCAGUUCUUCUGAGAAGCGUCAUCGAACCCGCUCCAAAGGCGUCCGAGUGCCUGUAGAAGCGGCCUCCCAGGAGCUGUUCAGCUGUCCCACUCCAGGCUGUGAUGGCAGCGGUCACGUCAGUGGAAAGUAUGCAAGACACCGCAGUGUGUACGGCUGUCCCCUGGCCCGGAAGAGGAAGGCUCUGGUGAAGCAGCCUCUGGAGCCCCCCUCCAAGAGGAGGUCCCUCCUCUCCUCCUCCUCCCCCGGGGAGAGGGGCCCCUACCCGGGGUACCAGGCCGCGGGCCUGGGGGGCCCCGAUAGACCCGGCCGGGGGGGGGAGGAGGAGGAGGAGGAGGAGGAGGAGGAGAGAGGGGAGAGGGAAGAUGGAGAGAUGGAGGAGGAGGAGGAGGAGGAGGAGGAGGGGUUCUCUGAGGAGGAGGUGCCAGGCGAGGAGGAAGAGGAGUUGGAGAGAGAGGAGGAAGAGGAGGAGGAGGAUUUGGAGAGAGAGGACGAGGCUGUGGAUCGACCGAGAGCGGAGGAGGAGGAGGAUGGAGAUGAUGAAGAUGAGGAUGAUGAUGACGGAGAUGAUGAGGAAGCAGAUGAGGAGGAAGAUGAAAGAGAUGAAGAGGAUCGCAGUCCUUCUCGAGCGCAGACCUGUUUCAAGCCCGGGACGUCGAAGCUGCUCUUGGGUCUGAAGGACCAGGACCUCCUCGGUCAGAGGAGCCAGGACCUGCUGGGGCCCCCGGCCGUCGGCGGAGAGGACUACGAGGACUACGACCAGCUGGUGGCCAAGUCUCUGCUGAACCUGGGGAAGAUCGCGGAGGACGCCGUCUACCACGCCACCACCGAGUCGGAGGGCAACACCAGCUCCUCCAACAGCGGGGGGGAGGAGGAGGAGGAGGACGAGGACGAGGAGGAGGAGGGCAGCGAGGCCGGGGAGAGGAAGGGCGCCCUGGGCGUGGACCUGGACAGCGACGUCGUCCGGGAGACGGUGGACUCCCUGAAGCUCCUGGCUCAGGGCCACGGCGCCCUGCCGCCCGAGGACGGCUACCCAGAAGGCAGUGCGGCUGCGUCGGCGGGCGUGGAGCGCGGCCAGGAGCACAGCAGGAGCCACCGGAGGACGGGCCGGGCGGGGCGAGGGGCGGAGGGCGGCGAGGAGGUGUCCAUCAGCAGCCUGGAGUGUCUGAGGACCCAGUGCUUUGACCUGGCCCGCAAGCUGAGCGAGAGCCCCCCCCGAGACCGGCAGCACCACCACCACCACCACCACCACCACCACCCCAUGACCCCCAGCCACCACCUGUCCAGGUAUGAGAGCUGCCACCAGGAGGAGUCCAGCCGGGAGAGGAGCUACUCCGACAUGGUGGGCCUGAUGAGGAUGGAGGAGCCGGCGGGGGAGCCGCUGAGCCCGGUGUCCCGCGGGGGGGGGUACCCCGGCAGCGGGUCCCAGGACGGGGACGAGGACACCACCUCCGUGGCCUCGGAGCGCUCGGACGAGGCCUUCGACAUGACCAAGGGGAACCUGUCGCUGCUGGAGAAGGCCAUCGCCAUGGAGUCGGAGCGCGCCAAGGUGAUGAGGGACCGCACGCUGCCGGAGCACGGGGGCCGGGGCGGCCGCGACCAUCACCACCCUCGCCACGGCAACCACAGCCCCCGGCACGGCCACGGCCUGGAGGAGAGGCGCUCCAAGAUGCAUCACCACGGCGACGGCUUGAAGAGGAGCUACUACAAAGACUCCUCUAGGUCAGAGAAGAAGGAGAGCAAGUGUCCGACCCCGGGCUGCGACGGGACGGGUCACGUGACCGGCCUCUACCCCCACCAUCGCAGCCUGUCUGGAUGUCCCCACAAAGACCGGGUCCCGCCUGAGAUCCUGGCCAUGUAUGAGAAUGUGCUCAAGUGUCCUACGCCCGGCUGCUCCGGACGCGGUCACGUCAAUAGCAACAGGAACUCCCACCGCAGUCUUUCCGGGUGUCCAAUCGCUGCUGCUGAGAAGAUCGCCAAGGUCCACGAGAAGAGCAGCAACUUGAGUGACAGCAGCUCAAAGUCCAAUCAGGCAUCAGACCGCGUGCUGAGGCCCAUGUGCUUCGUGAAGCAGCUGGAGAUCCCGCAGUACGGCUGUAAGAACAACGUGCCGACCAGCACGCCGCGCUCCAACCUGGCCAAGGAGCUGGAGAAGUACUCCAAGACCAGCUACGAGUACGGCUCCUACGACGGCCAGCACCCCGUCUACGGCAAGAGGCAGGGCCUGCCGUCCCGCUCGCACCACGGCCGCGACGCCUCGCCCAAGGCCUACGACGUGAAGCGCUACUGUAAGACGUCCAGCCCCGCCAGCAGCACCACCAGCAGCUACGCCCCCAGCAGCAGCAGCAGCCUGAGCUGUGGCCUGGGGGGCGUGGCCGGGCUGGGGGGCGUGGCCGGCCCGGGGGGCGUGGCCAGCAGCGCCAGCAGCACCUGCAGCAAGAGCAGCUUCGACUACACCCACGACAUGGAGGCGGCGCACAUGGCCGCCACCGCCAUCCUCAACCUGUCCACGCGCUGCCGCGAGCUGCCCCAGGUGCUGGCAGGGCGGAGCCAGGAGCCGCUGGCCCAGAGUCCCGAGGCGGACCUUGAUGACGGGGGUCUGGAUCUGGACGGGGGCCCUGGGGGUCCGGAGGGCAGCGGGACGGUGCUGACCCCCCUGGAGCCCAUGUCCCCCCAGCGCCAGGCCCUGCUGCAGAGCCGGGGCUUCCAGCUGGGGGCGGCGGAGGGCUGGGACCUCCCGGUCGACUACACCAAGCUCAAGGCCCUGGGGCACGACCCCAACGCAGAGAGCGAGGAGCUGGACCCCUUCCAGGACCUCCUGGAGGAGCAGCGCUACUCUGAGGUUUCCAUGUCCAGCUCCAAACACAAGUACAGCCCCUGUAAGGAGGUGAAGAAGGAGCUCCUCACACUCUCCAGCUGCCAGCUGGCCGACAAGAACCUCCGCGGACUGAUGAGCACCAACCCCCAGGACCUCAAGUGUCCCACCCCAGGCUGUGAUGGAUCAGGACACAUAACAGGGAACUAUGCAUCCCAUAGGAGUCUGUCCGGUUGCCCCCGGGCCAAAAAGAGCGGCGUCAAAAUCCUCCACAGCAAGGAAGACAAAGACGACCAGGAACCAAUCAGGUGUCCGGUCCCGGGCUGUGACGGACAGGGUCAUGUGACGGGGAAGUACGCGUCCCACCGCAGCGCGUCGGGCUGCCCCCUGGCGGCCAAGCGGCAGAAGGACGGCUACGCUAACGGCUACGCUAACGGCGCCCAGUUCGCCUGGAAGUCGGGCAAGACGGACGGCAUGUCGUGUCCCACGCCGGGCUGCGACGGCUCGGGGCACGUCAGCGGCAGCUUCCUGACGCACCGCAGUCUCUCCGGUUGUCCGCGGGCUUCGCUGGCCAUGAAGAAGACGAGGAUGACUGGCGUGGAGAUGCUGACCAUCAAACAGAGAGCCAGCAGAGGGAUCGAGAACGAUGAGGACAUCAAGCAGCUGGACGAGGAGAUUAAAGACCUGAGUGAGUCCAACAGCCAGGUGCAGUCGGACAUGAUCAACCUGAGGACACAGAUCGUCUCCAUGGAGACCAGCCUGCGCUCCAUGGAGGAGGAGAACAAGGCCAUCGAGCAGCAGAACGACUCGCUGCUCCACGAGCUCGCCAGCCUCAGCCAAUCACUGAUCAGCAGCCUGGCCAACAUCCAGCUGCCCCACAUGAGACCACUGCCUCCCAAAGAGACCCCCCCUAAACUAGACUCCUGUGUACACACCAGCCCCAGAGAGCCGAUGAACGAGCAGAACUUCGACUCCUACGUCAGCACGCUGACGGACAUGUACAGCCACCAGGACCAGUACCAGAGCCCGGAGAACAAGGCCCUGCUGGAGAACAUCAAGCAGGCCGUGCAGGGCAUCCAGGUGUAGCGCCUGAAGGGUGUAGCUCCCCCGGGUGGAGGUGGGGACCCAGCCCCGUCAGGCUGUCACGCAAAAAAGAAGCAGCAGGGAAAGAAGGUUUUGCUGCUGUGAUCAAC